AUGGCCAGGGAAUCAGCUCCAUGCAUCAUAUUUAUCGAUGAAAUUGAUGCAGUUGGUACGAAACGAUACGAUACGACUUGCGGUGGUGAACGAGAAGUUCAGCGAACAAUGCUAGAGCUGCUGAAUCAACUUGAUGGAUUCGAAAGCCGCGGUGAUGUCAAGAUAAUAAUGGCAACAAAUCGAAUUGAUGUGUUGGAUCCGGCGCUCAUCCGGCCAGGCCGUAUUGAUCGUAAAAUAGAAUUACCGAAACCAGAUGAAAAAACAAAGCUCAAAAUUUUCCAAAUACACACAGCAGGAAUGAAAAUUGCAGCUAAUGUUAAAUUCGAAAAAUACGCCUCAGAAUUAUCACUUUCCGGAGCGGAUUGUAAGGCGAUCUGUACAGAAGCCGGAAUGUUUGCACUUCGUGCACGAAGAAAGUUUGUGUGUCUGGAAGAUUUCGAUAAGGCUAUGGAACGAGUCAUUAUGCAGAAGAAAAAUGAAGCACCAGAGGAAUUUUUCAUGUGA